AUGCGCAACAAGCAAUUACACUAUACAGUUGGCAUUGGCAUCCGCAGAAAUGACGAAUACCAUUGUAUUUGUAAACAAUGUAAAUGCUAUAAGGCCACAUUAUUCAACAGGGACCGUGGGAAAAGACAACGCUAUUGCAAGACAUGGAAAUCACGGUUUUUAUCGAUUUUUUAG